ACCUCUAUCGCGCAUUCCGAAAAGAUGCCGCGAAUCACCCCCUCCCGGGCGGUGAAAAUUCUCACAAGAUUAUGGCUAGUGAUGCUCAUAGCAUAUUGCUUCCUCCCAAUAAACCCCGUCACCAUCACCGAACGCGACAGCUACAUUAGCACAGCACUCAACGCAGGCCAAUCAAUAGUAACAACCUACCCUUCUGAAUUCAACUACACAAAUAAGGAUCCAGAUUCUUCAAGACCGCGACCGGUAAUCCGCUGGCAGCUACAAUUCGAAGCUACCGCCACAGGACGGACGAAACUGAAUCUACAUCUCGAUAAAACUAUAAUCCCUCUCACGGACAUCAGCGAAGGCGCUUAUGGAUCUUUCAGUAAAGCACCGUUUCAUUCUGACGGUUACACACCGUUCUUUGGCCCGAUAUUUGAAAUAGAGAUCCCGACAGCCGACGCUCAUCCAUUCAGUUUACCCUGGUUUCCUGAAGCCGAUAAAGUCCUGCUUCAAGAUACAGCCUGGAACGGCGUUUCCCAAUCAACUUUCUGCGUCAUUGUGCCUAGUCCAUUCGAGGUGCAGAUCUGGAACGGACAGCUCGUGCAGGAACUCUUUAGCAAGGCGAUGGCUGUUAACGGGCUCCCGGAUUUCCAGCACGUUUCCAAGGAGAGCGAUGCGUACAAGAAACAAUUAAUGUAUCUGGAGUUAGCGGAUGACGAAGAAACGCUAGUUAAACGCGAUGACGUGCUGCGCUCGACUUAUCAAGCUCUGCGACAGUUGUACAGUACCAGCAAUGUGGUGUCGCUGUUCGCUGCAUUCUCCUCUGAGCUUUACUUUGGGCCCCCGCGUACCAGCUCACCCGAAACGAGAACCGUCGCACUGCGUAUCCGCAACGGAGAAUUGCCGUCGCAAUCUCUCCCUGUUCGGCGCUUACUAGCUUACCCCGUCACUUUUGCGUACGUCGCUUUCGCCAUGAUAGUGUACUGGAUCCUCUUCGUAAUCCCCGAGAAAAUCGCGUUCUUCUUCGGUGAUUAUGGAUAUAUCAUUGGGCCAAUCGUACUAGUCAUCCUGAUUUCAAGCUCGCUGCUUUACCUCGUAGUCUUUGGGCUUUGGGUGCGAGCCGGUCGUCCAGCAUUCGUAGAGUGGAGUGAGAAUCAUGCAUACUUGAAGCACGGAUGGAGGUAUGCGUCGUAUCUUCUGGGAGCGCGCAGGACAGAGCUUAUUAAACAUCGAUGGACGUCUGAUAGAGAGGAGAAGGGAAUAGGGUUUGAGGGGGUUGAGGACUGGGUGAGGGCGUCUGAGAAGUCGAGUGUGAGGGGAUCGCGGGAGAAGACUGAGUUUCAAAAUCCUAUGGUUGUUAUUCAAGAACCGACAAUUUCGUUGCCGAAACCGACGUUUGCAAAAGUACAGGAUGGAAAGGGAAGGGGGAAUGGGAUGACUUGA